CUGCUGGGUGAUCCCUCCGGGCUCAAGUUGCAAGGGGGCGGGCCCAGGCCGGAGGUGGAGUCUCCCGCCAAUUGAAGCCUCGGCUAUAAAUCGAGCUCCCGCACAGCCGAAGCCCAGAUGCCUUGCCAGGCCGCCCCGCGGUUGGUGGUGGGAGAGGGCAACGGGUCCCAGGGGGCUUUGGGGGCGGCAGCCACCAUGCUCCGCUCCCUGCUGCUUCACUCCCUGAGGCUCUGCGCCCAGACCGCCUCGUGCCUCGUGCUCUUCCCGCGCUUCCUCGGCACCGCCUUCAUGCUCUGGCUCCUCGACUUCCUGUGCAUCCGCAAGCAUUUCCUGAGCCGCCAGCGCCGGGGUGGACCCGAACCUGAAGUGGAGCUCAACUGUGAUGGCGAGGAGGUGCCCCCCGACGACCCGCCUAUCUGCGUGUCCGACGACAACCGCCUGUGCACCCUGGCGUCGCUGAAGGCGGUGUGGUACGGCCAGAAGUUGGAUUUCUUCAAGCAGGCGCACGAGGGCGGUCCGGCACCCAACUCCGAGGUGGUCCUGCCCGACGGCUUCCAGAACCAGCAUAUCCUCGAUUAUGCGCGAGGAAACCGCCCGCUGGUGCUCAAUUUCGGCAGCUGCACCUGACCACCGUUCAUGGCGCGCAUGAGCGCCUUCCGGCGCCUGGUCACCAAGUACCAGCGCGACGUCGACUUCCUCAUCAUCUACAUCGAGGAAGCGCAUCCCUCCGACGGCUGGGUCACCACAGACUCCCCCUACAUCAUCCCGCAGCACCGAAGCCUGGAGGACCGGGUCAGCGCAGCUCGGGUACUGCAGCAAGGAGCGCCCGGCUGCUCCCUUGUCCUCGACACCAUGGCCAACUCCAGCAGCUCAGCCUACGGCGCCUACUUCGAGCGCCUUUACGUCAUCCAAAGUGGCACCAUUAUGUACCAGGGCGGCCGCGGUCCAGACGGCUACCAGGUCUCCGAGCUGCGCACCUGGCUGGAGCGCUAUGAUGAGCAGCUGCGCGGAGCUCAGCCCCGUUGAGUGUAAACAACCAAUGGACAAUUGACUGAACUUGGCUGCCAUGCCUUCGAGCCUUGGAGGCCCACGUGCAAACACCCCAAACGAAGUCGAGCUUGGUGAGGGCCCAGUGACACAGAUGUGCUGCGUCACGGAUCGCAGGCUGAGUCUGCACCCUCAGCCAAGCCACCUGAAGACUCUUCCCCAGACUCUGCUUCUGUGACUGUCCUUCGCCUGUACCUCCCUGGCUCGCUCUAAACCCCCUGCUGAGUGCAGAUGUGGCGACAGCUUUGCCGUGUGCCCCUGGACUUGCCCCCACAGAGGCCCCUGCCGUGCUGUCUCACACCCCUCCCCCAGAGAGAAGAGCCAGCGAGCCUUUAGCCAGGCGCAGCGGCCCCGCACAAAGAGACUUUGGCUGCGCCCGCGCCCUGAGCGCAGCUGGGUUCCAGCAGCGUGUGCGCCGCUCGCCCUAGUUGCCUGGCACCCACACCUGUCGCGCGCCGGGAGAGGAUGCCCUGCUGCUUUUGUGUCUGUUUCUUGUCCCUGAGUUGGGGGAGGGGGCUUGGGAUGGGGAAGGGUGGGCAGGGUUAUUUUCCCCCCUUAUUUUGGGUGCUCUCGAGCCCCACUGCUGAUGACGAACUGACUCUAACUGGUCUUGACCACGAGCUGGUUCUGAAUUGCAGGGGGCUCGCAGCAGUGCCUAAAGGGAGAGGGGGAAAGUGCUCUGGGAUUCCGUGAGGAAUCCAGCAGAAACGGGGUGGGGGUGGGGGGGUUCGGGACCAGAGGAAGAAGACUGGAGAGGCAUUGGCGAGGUUCGCAGCGCCCCAGGGAGAGAGAGGAGGCUGGGGCUCCUGGGAAACGGGGUUUGGGUGGCGGAGUCGGGGGAAGGGAGAUGGGGGGAGAGCUUGGGGACCCCGAGUGAGGGGCCUCCUAGGCAGAACUGCCAAGUGUGGGGCUAGGAGGUGGGGAGCCCGUGAUUCGAAGGCCAUUUGGUGAGUGUUUUGUUGGAAAUAUUCCUUGUAUGUAAACUUCUUUACGCUACAGUAAUAAAGGCUUGAAGUAAACGGCAUUCAG